CCCGUGAGGGGAGGGCGCGGCCAUGGCGCAGCCCCGGGUGCUGCCCCAGAGCAAGGAGACCCUGCUGCAGUCCUACAACAAGCGCCUCAAGGACGAUGUCAAGUCCAUCAUGGACAACUUCACCGAGAUCAUCAAAACGGCCAAGAUCGAGGACGAAACUCAAGUUUCUCGAGCAACCCAGGGUGAACAAGAUAACUACGAGAUGCAUGUCAGAGCUGCAAAUAUUGUCCGAGCUGGCGAGUCCCUGAUGAAACUUGUGUCUGACCUGAAGCAGUUCUUGAUCCUCAAUGAUUUCCCCUCUGUGAACGAGGCCAUCAACCAGCGCAACCAGCAGCUGAGGAGUCUGCAGGAGGAGUGUGACAAGAAGCUGAUUGCACUGCGGGAUGAGAUCUCCAUUGACCUGUACGAGCUAGAAGAAGAAUAUUACUCUUCCAGCUACAGUCUGUGUGACAGCAAUGAUCUCCCACUGUGCGAAGCCUACUGGAGACAAGACUUUGCCACGCUGUCCCCCGAGAGCCUCUCGAUGCCUCUGGCAGCUGCCACAGCCGAGCAGAGCGUUGCCACCUCGCAGAGUUCCACCCCGUCGCACCCGCACGUGAACGGGCACGGGGCGGGCCCCGCCGAGCAUUCCUGAAGAGGAUCCGCUGCUGCUGCCGGGCGCGGUUCAUCCCUGCCCCCUGCUGCAAGUCUUCCUCCUGCUGCGCUGAGCAAGCGGCUCCUGCUGUCGGGAGGAGGCACUGGAGCUGUGCUGGCAGGGCUCUGCUCCCUGCAUGGCUGCAGUGCUUCCUCCACGCCAGGACCUUGCCAGGAGUGUUCCUGUCCCUUAAGAGAUAGAGAAAUGUAGACACAAAGUGAAUCUCAUUAUAACAAAUUAGAGUCAGGCUUGCUUUAACGUGAUAGUUCCGUGUAGAGUUCAUUAGAAGUCUUAGAAGUUUGUUUCCAUGUGAGUGUUGGGAGUUGAAUUUCUUUGGGAUAAACUUGAGCCAAAUGUGGGGGCAGUGAGUGUGUUGGGGUUUUUACUCUGCUUCCCAAGGUUACUGACAUUCUGGCUGCUUUAAAGCUCUCUCAGGAUGGCAUCUAACAACCUCUGGUCUACUGUAAAGAGUCUUAUAAUAUUUUUACACAACAGUCUUCACUGUCAAAAUGCUUUACAAACUUGAACUCUUGAUUUGGAAGGAGGUCUCCCAGGAGACCCUUAUGGAAGAGCAGUGUUCCCCCCUUGGAAGAAGAACAGGCAGACAGGGAUCAGACUGAGGGAUCAAUGACGCCACUUGCUCAAAGCCACAAAGAGAAGCAGUGUCAUGCUUUAGUCAGUUGAUUCCUUCCUCAGUUUUUACACAGAAAUUCCCGUUAAUGUAGUCUGAGCUAACAUGGAGCCACUGUUUAUGUUGGCUUUUAGUUUUGUCUAAUGAAAAAAUCUUGAGAGCAGUGAGGAAUACUCGGUUACUCUCAGUUUCCUUCCAAAGAAACACAUUUGGUGCUUGGUCUGCAGCUGUUCAGCAGCUCAGCACAUCUUCUGUCCUUUCCUUUUGUGGUGGCUCUGCCUUGGCUCGAGCUGUGCAGCUGAAAGGGAGAUGCCACUGAACUGAACAGUGUCACCACAGCUCGGUGUCACAGGCACCACAGAGCCACCAGGGCAUUCCAACAACUGAGCUGAGCUUCCCCAGCUUUCUGUUGUAAUGUCUCGUUUCUUAGGAUGUGAAUUUUUGUUAUUAUUUUUUGGUUUAUUUUUCUUCCAUUCCAUUUAUUUUUGUAAUUAGGUGAUUUAAUAAAACUGACUGUUUUGUAUAAUUUUUAA